AUAAUACAACUCAAUAAUCAUGCCACAUGUCCUGAUUGCUUGCAGUGCUAGUGUUGCUGCAAUCAAAAUACCAGAUAUUAUUUCUCAACUCAUUCAAAAGAACAUUAGCACAACAUUAGUCAUCACGGAAGCUAGUAAACAUUUUAUAGAUGUCGAUAAAAUUAGAAAAGAUUUAAAAAUUGAUGUUUAUACUGAUCAAAAUGAAUGGGAUGCUUGGAAAACUCGAGGAGAUCCCGUAUUACACAUUGAACUUUCCAAAAAAGCCGAUUUAUUAGUACUUGCUCCUUUGAGUGCUAAUACUUUGGCUAAAGUGAGUGCAGGAAUUUGUGACAAUUUAUUAACAUGUGUUGUUAGAGCUUGGAAUGUUUCAAAACCGGUAUUGUUUUGUCCAUCAAUGAAUACUCAAAUGUGGAAUCAUCCAGUUACUAAAGAUCAAGUGGAUAAAUUGAUUUCAUGGGGAUAUUGUCUAAUUCCUCCAAUUAUUAAGACGUUAAUGUGUGGUGACCAUGGAAUUGGUGCAAUGGCCGAAGUUGAAACUAUUGUAAAUCAAAUUUUAGAAAAACUUAAUAAUUUGUAAAAUAAUCAGAACUU